AUGGCCGACUCAGUAGAUCGCGUGUUCGUCCACGCCUUGAACACCGUCAAGAAGAUACCAAAGACCGGUGCCUCCCGGCCACCACCCUCCGACAGACUCCGGCUCUACGGUCUCUACAAGCAAGCCAUGGAGGGCGACGUCGAUGGCGUCAUGGAACGCCCCGCUGCUGGCGCGGGGCUGUCCGGCGACGAGCUCCAGCGGGAGAAGGACAAGUGGGAUGCUUGGAACGCACAGAGUGGCCUGGGCAAGACGGAGGCAAAGAGGCGGUACAUCGAGGCUCUGAUUGAGACGAUGCAUCGCUACGCCACGACACCAGACGCGAAAGAACUCGUUGCCGAACUCGAAUUUGUGUGGAAUCAAAUCAAGAAUAAUAGCCCCAGCGCCUCGUCGUCGAAAGGAUCUGACCAAUUUGUCGGCCGUCGAUUCACCCAGCCUACGAGUGGAACCGAGGGGCCGCUCAGAGUGCUGAGCCCAAUGAGCGAAGACGAUGCCGCGGAAAGGGAGUCACGACGGCAAGCGACUGCAGAGGAAGACGGCGAGGAAGAAGACGAUGCACCGAAGAAAAGCUCGAAAUGGUCCCGGAGCGUCGAGAAUGCGCUGGUCAAAAUGUCAGCCGAGGUAGCGGCUCUACGCGAGCAGAUCACAACAGGAAGAGAGUGGAGGUUCAAAAAAGAGCGAAGCAUCCCCGCCUGGCUGGGAUGGCUGGUCUGGAUGAUCAUGAAGCAUCUUGCUAUCGACGUUGUCCUCCUGGCCUUCAUUCUGCUGUGGAUGCGGAAGCGAAAGGACCGGCGGCUUGAGGACCUCGUCCGUGCUGGUCUCAAACUGGCCCGGGAGUACGUGCGGAACGUCCUCCCAUCAAGGUGA